AUGGAGGGGCCCAACCUCACAGCGGUGACUGAGUUCAUCCUGCUGGGUGUCACAGAUCUCCCUGAGCUGCAAGCUCUACUGUUCCUCCUGUUCCUCAUCGUCUACCUGACCUCACUGCUGGGCAACCUGGGCAUGAUCAUCUUCAUCCAGUUGAACCCCAAGCUGCAAACUCCCAUGUACUUUUUCCUCAGAAACCUGGCUCUCACUGAUGUUGGCUAUUCUACAGCUGUUGGACCCAAAAUGCUGGCUAAUUUUGUGGUGGAUCAAAAUACAAUCUCCUAUUAUGGUUGUGCUACACACAUUGCUUUCUCUGUUGUGUUUAUUGCUUAUGAGGUUUUUAUUCUGUCUGUGAUGUCCUAUGACCAUUAUGUGGCCAUCUGUAACCCUCUCCUCUAUACUGUCAUCAUGUCACCAAGGCUGUGUUGGGUACUAGUGGGGACUCCCUAUCUCUACUGCACAUUUGUGUCUCUUCUGGUCACCAUAAAGAUAUUCACUUUGGCCUUCUGUGGAUACAAUGUCAUCAGUCAUUUCUACUGUGACACUCUCCCUUUGAUAUCUCUUGUCUUCUCAGACACAUAUGAAAUUGAAUUGAUAAUUGUGAUUUUUGCUGCUUUUGAUUUCAUUUCUUCUUUUCCGGUGGUCCUCAUGUUCUACCUGCUCAUCCUCAUAGCCAUUCUCAGGAUGAAGUCUGCAGAGGGCAGGCACAAGGCCUUCUUCACCUGUGGGUCCCACCUAACCAUGGUCACUGUGUUCUGUGGGAUGCUGAUAUUUAUGUACAUGCAGAGCAAGUCCCAUCACUCCAGUGACACUGACAAAGUGGAUUCUAUAUUUUACACCCUGGUCAUCCCUAUGUUGAAUCCUUUGAUUUACAGCUUGAGGAACAAAGAUGUAAAAUGUGCCCUACAAAGAUCAUGGAAAAAAACUAUGCAAUAUCUUUUCUAA